AGCGAAAGAAGGGUCUCUGGGUGACAAAACCGUAACGGAAACGAGUUGGUACAAGCCAGACACAACUUGACCACUCAACGGACGCAGAGGUCUGCGACUCGUCACUUGUCAACUGCAUACCCAAGGGGCAACCUCAGGUUCCAGUGGACCAAGUUCAGUACAUUACCCACCUCUUCCUCUCUUGGCCCGAAUCCUCCGUCAUGGACUUCGACUUGGUCAAAGACGGCAAAUCGCCUUCUUCGGAAUCCCUUCUUCCCGUCGACGCACGUGAGAAGACUGCCACCGGGGCCCAGCCAACAACAGUCGACAGCAACCGGCAACGCCCAGAUUCGACCAGCAAGAUGGCAACCAUCCGCCCAACCGCCAUGGUCGUGUUAGUGUGCAUGCUGGCGCUCCUGGGAGUCGCCUCGACACGGCUACCCUGCCACGGGAGAGCAACGAGCCACAAAGCACUGGAGGCUGUCCGCCGGAACGACGCACCUCUGGGAAAUUCCGUCUUGCAACUCGGAAAGCGCGACGACAACUCGACCUCCGAGGGGCCCAGCUCAACCCCACCGGACUCAGAGACGGAGACGGAGACCGAGACCGAGACGGAGACCGAGACCGAGACGGAGACGCCAACCUCCGAUCCUCCGACUGAGAUCCCGCCUUCGACGACCAUCGUCCCUCCCACCAGCACCCCUACGAGCGAUGAGCCUUCGAGCACCAGCAGCGUGCCGCCUCCCACUUCGGAUACCCCGAGCUCGACCCCAACUCCUUCUCCUUCCACCUCACUGCCUGAGACGACCUUGACAACCUCGACCAAGCCGCCUUCGACGACGAGUUCGCCACGUCCCACUUCCCGGCAGACUACAGAGACGUUCACGUCGACAUCGCCCAACGGAGCGGUCGUCGUCGUCACCAGGACGAACUUUGUGCCCGCCGACGGCGAGGAGACGCCUGCGCCUACCUCGACGGGCGCUCCGCCAAGCCUUCAGAACUCGGCCAUUCGCCAGCGCAGCGGUGGUUCCACCGUGGCCGGCAUCGUUGGGUUCGCCAUGCUGUUGUUGGUGGUCUAGGCCACCAUGUGAAACGACGAAGCAGGGGACGAAAGCCGGAGAGGGCGGUGCCACUAUCCGAUUCCAACAGAGAGAGAGCGUCCCAUCCAUUCCUUCAUUGUGCUUUAUUUCAGAGAUCUUCAGCACUGCAUUGCGCGGGGUUCGGUCCUUUUUUUUGCAUUUCACACAUUUUACGGCAUUCAUUACGGAGUCAUUUCUCAUAUUACACGCCACACGGUGUACGGCACAUUGUACAACACACAACAGCAUCGGGACCGGAACCACA